GCCGAUGCCCCUACCAGCGUCCGUUGCGUAAAAUACUUAGAGCCUGAUCGUCACUUGUUUUCAACGACAGUUGCAUGCAGUGCUGUUAAAAUGUGGUGGUUUCUAGUGUUCUGUGUUAUAAAUGUUUAUGGACAAAAUAUUACUGAUAAAGAUGAACCUCCAGAAUCAAUAUUCGACUACCACUCGAUGCCAGCACUCUCAGAUCUGGACGACUUCGACCUGUGCCUGAAGAAGCCUGACGCCGUCUACUGCAUCGUAGACCUGGUUCUCUUGGAAGAUGAUACGCCGCUGUAUCAGUUUAUUAAGAACUUCUCGUCGCUCUCGUACACGAACUACCAGCAUUCGAAGCUGCAUCGAGGAGUGUGCGGCUCCAAGCACUGCGGCCUGAACAUCAGUCAUGCUGACGGAGGCGAGUCCACCGCUGAGGCUCUGAAAGACUGCUUGAAUGCUAGCAUACAUCAGGGGUAUGGACUACAGGUGGACAAGCUAUCAGUGCGGUAUUGCAAGACAAAGGAUGACUACAAGCCGCCUGAUACCCUCGACUAUAUUAUUGGAGUGCUACUGCUCGCCUUACUCCUGGUUAACUUUGGAUGUUCAGCAUAUUACUUUUUAAAACCAUCGGAGAAUGGAGAAGCAAAUAAAUACAUGCUGGCUUUCUGCAUCCAGAAGAAUUGGAAAGCGUUGAAACAUGGAGGAAGCGCUGAAGGUGGACUCUUCAAAUGUUUUCAGGCUCUAAGAUUCUACACCAUGGUGAUGAUUCUCGGUCUACAUUCGAUGAUUUUCAUCGGCUAUGGAUACACUGCUAAUCCCGAGUUCAUUGAAAAUUCUUACGACGAUUUCUUCAAGGCUCUUCUCUUCAAUGCUCGCGUCAUCGUCCAGAUCUUCUUCGUGAUGGGAGGUUUUCUCAUGGCUUAUAAGAUGCUGGUGUACGCUGAGUCUCAUCCCUUCACAUUGAAAACUGUGCCCAUGGCUAUUGUGAAUCGGUGGUUUAGGUUGAUGCCAGCAGUCCUUGUGGUGAUGGGGUUGGCUAUGACUUGGGUUCCCCAUAUGGGGUCUGGUCCUAUGUGGGACGCCGUCGUGAAGAGAGAGCGGGACAUGUGUCGGAUGAACUGGUGGCAGCUUGUCAUUCUGAGCCCAAACCUGUUUCCGUUCGAACAUCUUUGCUUGCCUCAAGCUUGGUACCUGGGCACUGACACGCAACUGUUUCUGAUAACCCUGGUGGUCCUCCUCAUCAUCUGGCGGUGGCCAAGGAGUGGGGUCCCAGUGCUGACUGCUGUCAUGGCCAUCAGUCUGCUCAUACCCUUCUUACAGAGCUACUUCAUGAAUCUUCUACCGAUUAGAGUCAGUAUAUUCCCAGAGUCGAUAAGGGAUAUAUUUGGGUACAAUGACACGUUCUACCAUGCGUAUGUGUCAGCUCAAGGCAAUUGGGCUGGAUAUCAUCUUGGAGUACUUACUGCUUACUUCUAUCAUAAGGCACAACAGAAGAAAUGGGAUCUAGGAGAUUCGAUCUUAAUGAAGUUCCUCUUCCUGGUCUCCAUCCCCAUCGCGAUGGGAACAGUCCUCAUGGGCUGGGACCUCCACCACCGUGAAGCAUCAGCCUUCGAGUCUGCAGUAUUCAACGCCUUGAACCAGAACUUCUUUGCUCUAGCCAUCUGUGUGUUCAUCAUCGGAUACUUCUACAAGUGCAACAGGAUCUACGUAAGCUCCGUGGAGUGGGGUCCCCUGCAGCCACUCGGUAGGAUGUCCUACUGCGCCAUGCUGUUGCACGCCACCGUCUUGAGGACCUACGGUGGACAGAUGAGGAGAUCCUUCUAUGCUACUGAUUAUACCGCUAUAAUGUUAUACGCAGGCAUCGUCAGUACAACCUACCUAUUCGCUCUGCCUCUAUAUCUCUUCGUUGAAGCACCGGCCUGUCAACUCCAGAAACUUCUUCUAGGCCCAAAACGAAGACCUAAAGAGAAAGAAGAUACAAAUGCCAAUCACGUUAAACCUGGCAUUUCUAAUGUUUCAGUUAAUACUGUUUCUACUCAUAUUUAGAAAGUUAAUUUCGGAGCCUACGUCUAUCUCUUAAAGUCGUUGUGGAAGGGAGAUGCCGUUUUACAUCAUGUAAAGCGACAUCUCGCUUCCACAGUAAUAACAGUUGUUCUUGAAGGGAUAGUAGUAGGCUUCCUGAAAAUUAAGUAUUGGAAUAUAUUUGAGCUUUAGCCAAGCGAUGUUUCUGCAUCCGUAAUUAUGAUAAACAUUGUUCUUCUUAAGAUUUCUAUGGAAAAUAUUGCUGCUGGCAUGUUUUCUUAUAGAAGAUCUCCUUUAGAAUUUAUGCUAUUUCAAAAAUGUUAACUUUCACCGCGGUGAGUGAUUUCACUGACUUUUUAGGUAGAUAGGUAAAUGCUUUCGAAA